AUGUCAACAACGAAGCCGUUGGCGCAUGAGAAGCGCAAGGGCGAAUCUGUCGGUACACCAUCAGCAAAAGGAUAUCAUGGGAACCAGAAGCUCACAACAGGCCAACAGGCUCUUAGCGACUUCGCCGAAUACGUAGAGCAACAGCAGAAUCUACGGUAUCCCACAGCCAAGACAAUAGCUGUCGCGACCACCGAAACCGCCGACGCAAAUACCGAACAUCACGAAGAGCUCGAUGAAUUGUUCGAUAAUCUCGAUCUUGCCGAUUCAGCGCCUCGAGUUCCUCUCAAGCAACUUCUUCUUGAAUCGGGCGAAGACGAAGAUGAUGAGAAACUAAAGCAAUUGGAGAAUCUCGUGUCCGACCGGUUAGACGAAGGUUUUGGUGAAUGUGUCUUUGAGAUCGGAUACGAGAAUCAUGGCGAGUCAAUGAACUUGACAAUUGAUCAAUGGAACCAUGCGUACAAGACAUUACAAAGAGCAGCAAAGAGAGUGCGCGCCGAUUGCGAUCUAUUGUUGACCAAAAAUGUCGGUGGCGAUGUUGAAGCCGCAAGCACCAGCGCCGGUCCGGUGAAGGACAAGAGUUGCAGCGGCAAGGUCCUCAUACGGCAGACUCCUUCUACAAUAGAGGAUGUUAUUGAAACAAGAAUAGCAGUAGUCGGAAACGGUAAUCCAUAUCCUUCCUCGAGGUUCUAUACAGUUGGCACUCGCAACACCAUUGUCGAUGCUGGCAAGAGUUCCAUGUUAGGCGUGCUCGUCAAGGGUGAUCUUGACGACGGACGAGGAAGGGCGCGAGUUAACCUUUUCCGACACAAGCAUGAGAUUGAAACUGGCCGAACCAGCUCUGUCGGUAUGGAGAUCAUGGGCUUUGACACAACAGGCCACGUCAUCACCUCAGAUACUCCAGGACGCAAACUUUCUUGGGAAGAAAUCGGCAAGCGCAGCGCAAAGGUUAUCACUUUUACUGACUUGGCUGGUCACGAGAAGUACCUUAGAACAACCGUGUUCGGUUUGCUCUCCAGUAGCCCAAAUUACUGUCUGCUUAUGGUGGCAGCUAAUAACGGUCUUAUCGGUAUGAGCAAGGAGCAUCUUGGAAUUGCCCUGGCUCUCAACGUCCCCGUCAUGGUUGUUGUUACCAAGAUUGAUAUCUGCCCACCCAAUAUUUUGGAGCAAACGUUGACACAGAUCACCAAGAUCAUGAAGAGUCCUGGUGCUCGCAAGAUACCGACAUUCAUCAAGACGCGCGAGGAGUGUAUCAACACAGCCACACAGUUCGUCAGUCAGAGAAUAUGCCCAGUGUUCCUUGUUUCCAAUGUUACGGGUGAGAAUCUGGAUCUGGUCAGGACAUUCCUAAAUAUUCUCCCUCAUCAUGGACGUUACAAUUCCGAUGCGCCAUUCGAAUUCCAUGUCAACGACACUUUCUCGGUGCCUUUCACGGGAACCGUCGUCUCCGGCAUCAUCAAGUCCGGUGUGAUCCACGAAGGCGACAACGUCCUUAUUGGACCCGACUCGUUGGGACAGUUCAUCUCUACAGGUGUUAAGUCAAUUGAACGCAAGAGGAUAAGAGUACCCGCUGCGUCAGCAGGCCAGUCUGCCUCUUUUGCUCUCAAGAAGGUCAAGCGCAAAGAUGUGAGAAAGGUCCUUAUUCUCUCCCAUGCCACCACCAUCAAGACUAAAUACCAGGCUAUGCUACAUGUUGGUCCCGUUUCUCAGACCUGUGCGAUAAUUGACAUCGACCGAGAGCUCAUUCGCACAGGAGAUCGCGCAACAGUUGCAUUCCGCUUCGUUCAGCGUCCUGAGUAUCUUGCUCCAGGAGAUAGGCUUCUCUUCCGUGAAGGCCGAACCAAGGGCCUUGGCAUAGUCAAGUCUGUCGGUUACGACCCUGAGCACCCGUUGAUGCCCAGCAAGGAUGGCGACAAGGAAAAGGAGAAGCAGCCUGUCAACUCCGAGGUUAGUGUCGGGGCCUGA